AUGAGGAGCAAAUUGGAAGAGUCGAUGCUAGAAACGCGCAGCAUGCCUCUCGAAAAUCGACCGCGACUUCCACACAUACCCCUUAGCAAGAGAAAUCGGACUGUCGUGCGGGCUCUUAACCCAAUGCUGGUGACCUAUUUGGAAGCCAGCCGGGACCUUUGCGAGACGGACUCAUUUCUUUUCGGCGCUGCACUGGCAGUAUGGCGUAUUAUUGGCACCAAACUUCUCAUGGCUGGACGUGCUACUCGACAAAGUAGCGCCAUCAUACAUCCACCACACACGAAUUUGGCUUCCAUUAUGGCAAAAUUUGAUUUAUUUCUUCAUGAAGUUAAUACACAUAAACCUGCUUUUAUUUUGAUAUCAGAAACUCAUUUACAUUCUGUAAUUGAUGACAGAUAUACCCUCUUCCGGUUGGACAGAAGAGAAAGAAAAGGGGGAGGAGUAGCAAUGUAUGUUGCACAUGACGUUAACAAUGUACCUGUUAUAUCAAAAGUGAAUAAAAUAUAUUAUAAUUCUUUGGUUGAGGCAUUAUGGUUAGAUAUACGUUAUGGAUUUUUAGAUUUACUUUUAGCUUGUGUGUAUCGUCCUCCCUCAAAUGUUUUAACAAGUGCUGAUGAAAUAUUAUUUAACACCAUAGAAAAGGUAGCCUCAAAGCAGACAGUGAUUAAUGCAGGUGAUUUCAACUUACCAUAUAUAAAAUGGCCUCUUGAUAAUUUAACCAGACAUGACAAGCUAUGCGAAAGCUUUGUAGCAAUGUAUUCAAACAGUAAGCUCAAUCAGCUUGUAACACAAAUCACAAGGAAACGUAAUAAUGCAGAAUCCCUAUUAGACCUUAGACUGUGUAAUGAUGAAACUUUAAUAACUGAUAUUAAGUAUAUUCCGCCCAUUGGAAAGAGUGAUCAUUUGGUCAUACUGGCUUCUAUGCAGAUAAUUAAUAACGAUAAUAAAGUGCCGAUAAAAAAGAUUUUUGAUUUUUAUAAAGCCGACUAUAGCAAAAUUAACAAAGAUUUAGCAGAAAACUUUAACAUAAUUGAAAACCAAGUAGAUGAAAUGUGGCUAUCAUUUAAAAAUCAAAACAUACAUCACUUGAAAAUUGUGUAA